AUGGCAGACGAUCUAUUAAUGAGUUUUAUGUCUAUCACAGACGAAAACAACGUUGAAACUGCUCAACAUUACUUGGAAGCAGCUGGAUUUGAUUUGGAGACUGCUGUAGAAUUAUUCUUCUCUAAUCAACCUGCAAGUAAAUCCAAUUCAAGUGCUACUACUACUACAAGUAACAAGCCUACAAUACCCUCCGAUUAUGAAGAUAUUAGAUCACCUAUUCCGCAACAAGCCUCCAGACUGUAUGACUCAUUUCAAGGAAAUGAUUAUUCCUAUGAUAAUUCUCAAUCCUAUUCUGUACCAUCUUUUGUAACUUCAAAUCAAUACAACAAUAGAGCAAACCAACAAUUCCAAUCAUCAAGAUUAACAAAACACGGUGAUGAAUUUUCGGAAAUGUUUAAAAAGCCAGAUAUUGUAUUUAAGGGAAGUUUUGAUGCUGCCAAACAAGAGGCUGAAACAUCAGGAAGAUGGCUUAUUGUAGAAAUUCAAAAGGAUGAUAUUUUUGACUGUCACAGAAUGAAUAGAGAUACUUGGAAUCACGAAGUUGUGAAAACAAUUGUGGAUACAUUCUUUGUUCUUUGGCAAGCUGAUGAUGGAACUAAUCAGGCUGAAUUAUUUAAAACAAGAUAUCGUAUUCGUUCCUAUCCUUUCGUUUGUAUUAUUGACCCAAGAACUGGAGAAAAUAUGAAGACUUGGGAAGGUAAAUAUAUCGAUGCCAGCACAAUGGUAGAUUCUCUUCAAAACUUUGCCGAUAGUCACUCACUUAUGGAUCACCUUCCUUCACCAUCUCCAAAUACUUUACAUACUCCAAAUCCAUUCGAUAAUAUUCCAGUUCAACACCUUCCUUCAACAACGGCAACAACAACAACUAGUCACCAUACUGAUAUGUCAACAGGUGAUGAAACAGAGGAAGAAAUGAUUAGAGCUGCUAUUGAGGCUUCACUCCAAGAAUCUAAUGCCAUGCAGGACGAUGACGUGCAAAUUUUAGAUAGUUUCCCAAUUGCUCAACCAACAACAGCCACUAAUACUAUAUCGACACCAGUUGUUCAAGAACCACCAAAACCUCAAGAAACACCUGACAAGCAAGUUAAUGUUUCCGAUUUUGUCGUUGAACAAGGAGAUACAACCAGAAUUCAAGUUAAAUUACCAGACGGAAAGAAGGAAGUUAUUAAGAUUUUGAAGAGUGCUCCAUUGGCAGCUGUUUAUGCUGUCUGUAGACAAAAAUUAGGAGACAGUGUACCAUCAUUUACCAUUACUUAUUUUGACAAGACUCAAAAGACUUUGGAAAAUACCUUAGAAAAAACUUUAGGAGGAGAAGGAAUUUUAGGAGCUGCUUUAUCAGUUGUUCCUGAAUAAAUGACAAAUCCAUUACUU